UUCUCAGGUGUCACUUGUUGGAAAACCGGCAAAGCGACAGUAUCACCUCACAAGCCGACGAGACAACAGGUAGGACAUCUCGCUCCAGUGCCUCCUUUUAAUGAGUCCGUUUCAAAAGUAAUACGUUUGUUGAAUGUGAUCUCACAAGAAUGAUAGAUAAAAUAGUUCGAAAUGACAAAACAAUGACAGACCAGUUAAGUCGUGUUUGAUUUCAGGUCAUAAGAAAAGAAAUUUGACGUCUUGAGCCAGAACAAAACUGGAAGAACUCAAAGAUCAUUUUAACCUUGUUUCUUUGACUGUAUUUAUUUUUCAGAGGCGAGGCAGUCUCUCAAAUCAUAAAUCGUCAAAAGUCUUUUAGCCUGUUACUGUUGGGAAAUAUUUUCCUCCUGAGCUCCUUCAACUCAUCAACUGUCCACUUUUUUCAGUUGGCCUGCUGUAAUGGAGACAUACCAGAAGGAAUCACUGAGAAGAAUCCGGCAGAACAGCCAAAUGCUCCUGCAGGAUCUCUUUUCAAGCCGCGCAGGAGGCAGAAAUACUUCACUGGACGAUCUCACGGCGCGCUCUGGCAAAGAUGACCUUUACCUGCCGGCCGUCACCAGGAAGGCCUCCCUCCGAGGAAAUCUCAGUCAGUCCUGCCCUUAUCUCAGCAACAGUCGGAGAGGAUCCUUCUCUUCGGUCAGCUCGUGCACGACCGGAGGUCACUGCAACAAACAAAACUACCUCAGUGCGCAGAGAGAGGCAAAGAAAUCCAACGUCACUGUGACCAUGACGUACCUGGGACAAGGCCACCGAGGUUCAAGUCGAGACGAACUUCAAGUGCUCCAACAAGUCAACGGCGGGGAGAACAUCUGCGUCUUCAAGGGCUUGCUGACUCCAGGAGACCAGUUCCAGUUCAUUUCUCAAAGACACCGAAGCUUCCCCUUCAGCGCUUCCUUGUACGUCGAUGGCAUCAAGGUGGCCCGAAUGAGCUCCUGCUGCGAGUACCGCUACUCGCCCGGCUUCCAGCAGGGGAAGAAGAGCUGCUUCCGGUUGUCCUGGCUCGCCGGUGGGAUGCCUUGUCACAGGUGGCAAGUUACCGUAGCGGCCGAGAUGUGUAAGAGUUGGACAGGACAUUUUUUUUUCUCUUUCAGAUGCACAAGUCUUCGACGCCAAUACAGCUCCUGCCAGCAACUGAACAACAGCACAAAGGAGAGCUUAGUUCUCCCUCUCGUGCGACGCUCCGACCCGAAUGUUCCCACAGCGGCGUCAUGUCCGUCAUCGCCUUUGUUUACCCCGACCAAAACGGAGAAGAAAUCCGCAAGAAGACACGUCAAGGACAAGGCCGGUGGAUCCGCGGACAGCGGGGACCCCGCGGCCAUUAAAGAGAGAAGACGUAAGGGUCAAACUGAUCAGAGCAGGAGCAAAGACAAGACGGCCACGAGCCGGAGCUCCCCAGGGUCGACCUUGUCCCACAAAAAUGAGGGCCGAGCGUCAUCUGCCAGACAGGACCUGCAGCGUCAAGGGUCACGCGGCACUCACGAGCCGAACAUCAGCAAGACGGCCCAUACGCUCGACUGCUUACAGGAUGAGGAAGUCCUGACUAAGCAGAAACGAGAGAAAGCGAGGGAGUCAAAUAGGAAAAGCAGAGCUGGGGACGGACAGACGGACUUCCAUGAACAAUACGUGCAGAUGAGCAGCGAACUGGAGAAGAGCCCAAGCAAGCACAACUGGUUCCAAGCAAACAGUGAGCGAGGAAACUGCAGCCAAGUGGAAAGAGCUGCUGCAGCACCGUGACACCGCCGUCAUUUACAUAAUAGGGAGAGAAGGUUCACUAUGGAACAAUCAAAGACAUUAGCGUCCAUUUGGAGACACCUUCUAGUGCUUUUGAAUCGCGCCAACGCUAACAAUAACCCAUUGUUUGUGCAAAGUGCUACAGAGGCGUCGGCUCCAGAAGAGACUGGCGUCGGGCCUCGCCCAGCCCAGCUCAGAUGUGGAGCUGAGCGAAGGGAGCGACACCAUCUUACCAGCAGAUGGGGAGCCCAACGAAAAGGAGGAUGGCGAGGGGGAAGAGGAGAAGACGCUUCAAAAUGGAGACCUGCAAGCGCAGGUGUGCUUCGAAAACUGGAAGCCAUGAUCACAGUGCUGAGCACAUCGGACGAGGUGGAGCAGCUGGUUCUCAGGAACACCGACCUGACGGACCAGCUUCUGCUCAUCGUAGCGGACGCUCUGAAGAGCAGCUCGUCCGAGGUGGCUCUGCUCAACCUUAACCUCAACCUCAUUGGCCCGGACGGGGCUCGCAUUCUGCUGGACGUCCUGAAGGUGAAACCUCAGGUCAAAAGUUUACAGUAAGUGCUGAAAAGACGGGCAAACAUGAAAAAGCCAAGAUAUGAACCCUAAACCUUAUUUUGAAAAUCGAUGAUUCCAUCAAUUACCGUUUUUUUCCGUGUAUAAUGCGCCCCCAUGUAUAAUGCGCACCCCAGAUUUUAGGACAAUAAAUUUGUUACAUUUUGCGCAUUAUACACGGAAAAAAACGGUAAUCGGAUAAUAUUUAUUUUGCAUUUAAGCGUUUUAUUAUUGUUGUUUAAUUUGUUUUCUUUGUGAUUAAAAAAUACUAAACACAUAGAAAUCAGAUAACUGUCGAAAGGGCCAGUUUGAAGUGAAACAAUGGAUAAUCGAUUAUUAAAAUAAUUCCGAUUGAUGCUUAGAAUCCAUUUUGUGACCUCCAGCUGCCAAACGAUUACCAGGGACUCCAAAAAG